AUGCCUGUCAACCAAUUACAAAAAGCAAGAGAAUUGGCUUUAACCUCUAGUAAUCCAGAAUUAGCUCUUGUUCAGGUUUUAGAUACCACUUUUCAGCUAAUUUCUUCUGCAAAUACCAACACUGUUAAUAGUACUUUAGGAUUUGAAUCAAAUUCCAACAAUACCGAUGAUAAUAUAGACUUAUUUAAAUUUGGUACUUCAUUGUUUGUUGAUGUUUUAUAUCAUUCAUCAAUUAAAGAUACCGAAAAGCCAUUUAUAGUUUCUAAACAUUUAAAUACAUUAAUAACUGUGUGCCGUAAUUAUAACAACAGUACCAAUUACAAUGAUAAACUGUUGUAUUGUUUAUCUGAUGUUACUGUUGUCAUUGCAUACACCUAUGAAGGGUUAUUUGAUUUGGUAGCUAAGACUUCUAAUAGUCAAAUUUGGGACUUAUUAACUGGAUUCCAAAAACUCUUAUUAGAAACUUGGAAUAAUUUAACAAACACUAGGAUACAUGUAAACAAUAUUAUAAACAUCAGUAAAAAUUAUGAUGAGUUGUUGAACCCGUUUAAGUUUCAUAGUAGGGAUGUGCGUCUCAAAUGUAAUAUAGUUAGGUAUUUUAGCAAGAUUAUUGUUGUUCACACCAACGGGAAAGGUUGUUCGAUAGGUGCAAUUCCCAAUAACCACCCAGUUAUUCAACCCAAACAAACCAUUGAAAUGUUAGGUAGAAAAUUUUUGGAUAUUCUAUUAAAUUAUUUAGUUGACGAUGAAAUUAUGUUAAAUACUCCAGUUUUCCAAGCUAUAUUAAAUUGUUUAGUUUUCAUUAUGCAGCAAAGACCGCAGAGUUGUAUUAGAAUUUUCAAUAGCAUUUUAAAGUUUAAUAUUGAUCUUAAAUACCAACAAUUGGAUGAAUCGGCCUUGCAGUUCAGACUGAGCAAGAGAUUUAUUGAAAGGAGCUACAAGAAUUUUGUUAAUUUUGUCAUUAGAAAUGGUAUAUUAACCAAAAGCCUAGCUAAUGGUACGUUAUACUCAAAAUUGAGUAAAAUUGCUGCAACUUUAAAUGUUAUUGGUGAGGAAACCAAAAGUAAAGGUAUUUUAAACUUUGAUUCAAGUCAAUUUGAAAAAAACAAAUUGCCCACAAAAAUCGUGUCAAAAUAUGCCAAAAGUAAAGAAUACAUAUAUUUGUUGAGAUUGAGAGAUUUUCUUAAAUCUGAAAGUAACGUUAAUAGCGAUGUUACUGGUAACAUAAUUCCAAUAUCUGAAGAUAGUUUAGUCGGAUUGUAUAAUUCAAUUGGAUUGAAAAAACAUGGGUACGCCUUUGAUCUAUCAUGUUUAUCUAAAGGAAUGUUAAUUAAAUUAAGUACUGAUGUUAUAUCAAAUAAAAACAAUAGCUCUAAAAUAGUACAACGCUUAACGGAUUUGGCUACAGUUUAUGCUCAGAAAACUACAGAAUACAUUUCAUUAAAUUCUGCUGUUAAUAUUAAUACUACUAGUACCAAUAUCAACAAUAAAAGAAAGUGGGAGCAAGAAGAUGGACCAAAAAAGAAGGAAUCCAAGAAAAAUAAUCACCUAGUCGCCAAAGGAACACAUCCUAAGCAAGAGGUAGAGAAAAAAGAAGAUGCUGAUGAAGAUGACGAAGAUGACGAUUAUACGCCGGAUGUACCUUUGAAAAGGGAAAAGAUAGAUGAUGUUAACAGAAACAGCCAAUAUUUGACUAAAAAGGAAAAGAUAGAGCAUGUGGGCGAUAUAGUGGAUAAUAUCAUAGAAUUAUCUAAAGAUGAUACUAGCGAUACGGCGAAUAACAACGUGGUUAGUAACAAUAGCACCAGACUAUCUCAAUGGAAUCAUAAGGGAUCUUGGAUAACUAUACUAAGUAGGCUAUCUAGUAGAGGCUUAACAGAGAAAGAAGACGAUUUUGCCAACGUUAUUAGAAACAAAUUGUACGAGUAUUUUAUCCAAGAUUUUGCGAACAGGAUAGAUGUAGUUGUAGAAUGGAUGAAUGAGGAAUGGUUUGGUAUACAGUUGCGUUCGCAAUCAAAAGACAAAAUUCAAGUUCCUGAUUAUUAUAGCAAAUGGAGUAAUAAGAUUUUUGAUGGUUUAAUUCCAUUUAUAGAUAAUACACACAGAAGACAGUUUAUUAGAUUGAUCAGUGAGCUACCUUCUUUGGACAAUACACAUUUACAGCAUAUCAAGAGUUUAUGCAAAGAUCCAUCAAGAAGUCAGUUGGGGUUUCAAAGUUUAAAAUUUUUGAUAAUGUUUAGACCACCUUUAAAAUCAUUAAUACAUGAAUUUUUGAAAGAUUUAAUGGGGCAACACCCAGACCUCAAAGAACAAUGUGAAAGUAUUAUCAAGAAGUUUUAUUAA